AUGGGGGACGAUCCCUCGGAUGGCCAGCUGCUCGGCACUCGCACACCCCCUCCCCGCAACGAUGACCUGGUCAGCCAGGGCUCGCCGGGCACGACAAACACCGAGAAGCCCCUCAUCAACAACACUGCUGCCGACGCGCGCACCAAUGAAGAAUGGACGUUGGCGGAGCAGCUCUUGGCAAGUCCGCAGUGGUAG